AUCAAGAAUAAGGAUUACACCACAAACUUCAACUCAGCCUUCUGUGGAUGCUGGUUUCUACACUAAACCAGCACAGUUAUUUGAACCAAUUAACCCUGGUUUCUACACUCAACCUAGCCAAGGCAAUGUUAAUUCUGUCAAUCCUGGUUUUUCCUCACAGCCAUCUAAAUUGCAAUGUAUUGGUGGAAAGUUUGGAGGAAAUGGUCCUCGAUUCAGUGUGGGGGUUGCUAACACAGAAGGACAAGCAGGUGGUGCUCAAAGAGGUGGUGGAAGGGCAGGUGCUCCAAGAGGAGGACAAACAGGUGGUGCUCAAAGAGGCGGUGGCAGGGGAGGUGCUUCAAGAGGUGGUGGAAGGACAGGUGCUAGCAGAGGUGCUGAAAGGUCAAGUGUUACCAGAGGUGGUGGAAGGGCAGGUGCUGCAAGAGGUCGUGGAAGGGCAAGUGCAACCAGAGGUGGUGGAAGGGCAAGUGCUCCAAGAGGUGAUACACAGUUAG